GGGUAGAAAGGGUAAGGUUCUUGGCUUUCUCUUCAUACAUUCAAAAAUAGAACUAGAAACCUCUGUGAAUUGAAAACGACAGUGUGAAUUUUUGCUGCUUCCACUGAAAACUCAAUUCUGAGUCUGCUAAUAUCUUACCUUUGGGGGGAUAUAUUGUUAUGAAGAAUGGAGACUUCAGUGAGAAAUCACCAUGCAAAGGCUUUUCCUAAGGAAGGAACAUGAACACUCAAGAUGGGAAGUAACAGCAUAAACAGUAUGAGAGUAAAGUACACUUAUCUACAGGUGCUGUUUCAGUACUUCCUCUUUGCAACCACCUAUAUCUUUUGGCAGGAGCCAUAAUUCCAUAGUUUUCCCUGCUGAACACACUGAGAUAUUCAAGAUGGGCAGCAAUAGUACCAGCGCUGCUGAGAGGAAUUGCAAUGUCACUUUUUUGACAUUUCAGUACUCUUUGUAUGCAACCACCUACAUCUUCAUAUUCAUUCCGGGUCUCCUGGCUAACAGUGCAGCCCUGUGGGUUCUGUGCCGCUUCAUCAGCAAGAAGAACAAGGCCAUCAUCUUCAUGAUCAACCUCUCAGUGGCAGACCUUGCUCAUGUUCUGUCCUUACCUCUUCGGAUUUACUAUUAUAUCAAUCGUCACUGGCCGUUCCAGAGGGCCCUUUGCCUGCUUUGCUUCUAUCUGAAAUAUCUCAACAUGUAUGCCAGCAUUUUUUUCUUGACCUGCAUUAGCCUUCAGAGGUGCCUCUUUCUCCUCAAGCCAUUCAGAGCUAGAAACUGGAAGCGUAGGUACGACGUGGGAAUCAGUGCUGUCAUCUGGAUUGUUGUGGGGACUGCCUGUUUGCCACUUCCCAUCCUGAGAAGUGCUGGCUUAGCCAAUAAAAGUGAAUCAUGCUUUGCUGAUUUAGGGCUUCACGACAUUAGUAUGGCUUCUUCCAUUGGUAUGAUAACUGCUGCUGAACUUGGAGGAUUUGUAUUGCCUGUUGUAAUUAUUACAUAUUGCACAUGGAAAACAAGAAAAUCUUUACAGGAAUUCCAAGAUCCACCUCAGAAUAUUAAGGAGAGGAAAAAGGCUUUGAGAAUGGUCCUAAUGUGUGCAGUGGUAUUCAUAGUCUGUUUCACUCCUUACCAUCUCAACUUCCCGUUCUUUAUGAUGGUAAAGCAACGUGUUUUCUCAAACUGUUCCUUUAUUAAGAGCACUCUGUGUUUCCACACCAUUUCCUUGUGUCUUGCAAAUCUGAACUGUUGUCUUGAUCCAGUUGUGUAUUAUUUUAUGACGUCAGAAUUUCGUGAUCAAUUUUCAGAACAUGGGAGUUUGGUCAUCCAGUCAUGUUUGCGUUGUAAGGACAGUACUUUGGAAAUUCGUCAGAGGAAGGAGAAUCUUCAGACAAUCUCUCUGGAAUGUUUGGAUAUUCCAAUACAAUGUGAUGAAAUGGUUAUCUAAAAUAAUCUUUAUACUCUGUCACUUGAGCCAUUUCAGUGUGAUACUGGGUGUCAUGAAGAAACCCAGCCACUUCACUCUAAAUAAUCUGUCUACAGGAGUUCUGUAUGACAAGAUUAUUAGUGGACUAUGUGAGGAAAAAAACUAUCUUCACACAAUAUAAUAAUCAAGAGAAAUAACCAUAUACCUGUUCCUCAGUAAUGGGGCCAAUAUUCUCAUCUUUAACUGAGAAAAAUAAAAUAUAUUAAAACUUAGUGGACAUGUACAAGUUAUCCCAACCUUAAAAAUUCUACAUUAGAAUAUGUCCCUAUCUUUAUUUAGAAAACACACACUACUUGAGCCAAUUGUAUUACAGAGAGAUGGCUUUUCAUAUUUAUAUGAAUUAUGGAAAUUAAAACAGUAUAACUUAAAAUAUCUAUAAGAUUAUCUUUUUCCUCACUUUGAAGAAAAUCAUCAAUUCCAAUGAGCCUUUCAAAAUUAUCUUAAGCCACAGACAAUGCAAACACCUGAAAUAGAAUUGUACUCUGCAUAUUUAAAAAUG